GAUGAUAUGCCCAAGCCAGGUCAAGCACCACGCCCUGCUGGAGCAGCAGGUCCUCCUCGUCCUUGAAAAGCAAUGCUUGUUCUGCUCUAGUGCUAGGCUUUGGAUUUAUUUGAUGCAGAGACUCAUUAUGUCUUUUUAUUUAUGAAGGUUUUGACUUUAUGGAUUAAUUUUGUUUUAGUUUUAUCUUGUUGAAUUCCAUGCUACCCUACUGAAUUGAAUGGGAUGCAAUGUUUUUGCAUUUUUAAUGAAACUUUUGAUUUGAUUGUGAUUUUACUUUUU